CCUUCUCCACACUUGUUUGAUUUAUGAGGAAUCCAAGAUGAAUCUGGAGCAGGAGAGGCCAUUCAUCUGCAGUGCGCCAGGCUGCUCCCAGCGCUUCCCAACAGAGGACCAUCUGAUGAUUCAUAGGCACAAGCAUGAAAUGACUUUGAAGUUUCCCUCAAUAAAAACAGACAAUAUGUUAUCAGAUCAGACUCCAACCCCAACGAGAUUCCUGAAGAACUGCGAGGAAGUGGGACUCUUCAAUGAGCUGGAUUGCUCUCUAGAGCAUGAGUUCAGGAAGGCUCAGGAGGAGGAGAGCAGUAAGCGGAAUAUCUCGAUGCAUAAUACAGUUGGUGGGGCCAUGGCGGGGCCUGGAGCUCACCAGCUUGGCAGCACACGGAUGCCCAACCAUGACACCAGUGUUGUGAUUCAGCAAGCCAUGCCGUCACCCCAGUCCAGCUCUGUCAUCACACAAGCACCUUCCACCAACCGCCAGAUCGGGCCUGUUCCAGGCUCUCUAUCUUCUCUGCUACACAUCCACAACAGACAGAGACAGCCCAUGCCAGCCUCCAUGCCCGGGACCCUGCCCAACCCCACGAUGCCGGGAUCUUCUGCUGUCCUGAUGCCAAUGGAGAGACAAAUGUCAGUGAACUCCAACCUCCUGGGAAUGCAAGGUCCAAAUCUCAGCAACCCCUGUGCUUCUCCCCAAGUCCAGCCGAUGCAUUCAGAAGCCAAAAUGAGGCUGAAGGCCGCGUUGACUCACCACCCUGCUGCCAUGUCAAAUGGGAAUAUGAACACCAUGGGACACAUGAUGGAAAUGAUGGGCUCCCGGCAGGACCAGACGCCGCACCAUCACAUGCACUCGCACCCGCAUCAGCACCAGACACUGCCAGCCCAUCACCCCUACCCACACCAGCACCAGCACCCAGCUCACCACCCCCAUCCUCAGCCCCAUCACCAGCAGAAUCACCCGCAUCAUCACUCCCACUCCCACCUUCAUGCACACCCAGCACAUCACCAGACCUCGCCACACCCACCCCUGCACUCCGGCAACCAAGCACAGCAGGUCUCACCAGCCACACAGCAGAUGCAGCCAACCCAGACAAUACAGCCGCCCCAGCCCACAGGGGGGCGCCGGCGAAGGGUGGUGGACGAGGAUCCGGAUGAGAGGAGGCGGAAAUUUCUGGAACGGAACCGGGCUGCCGCCACCCGCUGCAGACAGAAGAGGAAGGUCUGGGUGAUGUCACUGGAAAAGAAAGCUGAAGAACUCACCCAGACAAACAUGCAGCUUCAGAAUGAAGUGUCCAUGUUGAAAAACGAGGUGGCGCAGCUGAAACAGUUGUUGCUAACGCAUAAAGAUUGCCCAAUAACAGCCAUGCAGAAAGAGUCACAAGGAUAUCUAAGUCCAGAGAGCAGCCCUCCCGCGAGCCCGGUCCCGGCUUGCUCCCAGCAGCAGGUCAUCCAGCAUAACACCAUCACCACGUCCUCGGCGGUCAGCGAGGUGGUGGGGAGCUCCACCCUCAGCCAGCUCACCACUCACAGAACAGACCUGAACCCGAUCCUUUAAAAACCAGGGGUCAGACCUUGCCUCCAAGAAGAGCGGCCGCGUCCCAUGCGUCCUUUCCUUGAAGGGCAUUUUUAGAAUUAACUCAGACCUGGAAGACUCCUCAGUUCUUCAGAGACUGGCUUUCGUUUUUAUAGUCAUUAUGGAAAUGUUGUCUUUUAUACUUAGCUCUAUGAGAAAAAAGGGAGUUAUGCAAUUACUAUCUAUCAGCUUGGGAAAUGCUUUGGUGCUUUUCUCCAGUUUUCUGGUACCAGUUACAUGUUUAUGAACUGAAUGCUUUCUGUAUAUAGUCAUGGUUUCAUUAUCAGUCCAACCCUUUGCCUGAGACAUUGACUCUUGUUAAGCCGCAGCUUAU